CUUUCACUUAUACAUAUAUUUUAAAAAUCGAACCAGAGGCAAAGACUUGGCAACCCUGGAACUUAUUAACCUUGCGUCUGCACUAUAAAUCGUGACGAAAGUGUAUUUUCACCAUUUGAAACUGAGUGUGCAGAACAUUAAAGCAAGCAUGUACAUUGGAUCUGUAGCUAUGAUCAUUAGUUUUGCAGCUCUUAUUGCUUCUCUUUGUUUGUUGUUAGCCAGCCUAGUGUACUUUGAGCUGAAGAAAUCAAACAUUCCUCCUGGAGUUGAUAGUCCUGGAAAACUACAUGUGGUUUAUUGUGUGUUUGUUGGGAUUGCGAUUGUGGGCCGAUGUCUGGAGCGACUGGGGCUAUGCGAUCAAGUGAAUUUCACACGAUGGUGCAGAGCUCGCAUCAUGGUCCACAAAGGGCCGCAUCCCCCUGGGCUUUGUAUUAAGGACAUGACCUUCAGUGGAGUUCCAGUGAGGGUGUACGAGCCUACAGCAACCACGGGAGAGAAAAAAAGAGGCUUAGUUUAUUUUCAUGGUGGAGGCUGGGUGUUUGGCAGCAUUGAUGAGUAUGAUGAGGUGUGUCGAUAUGUUUCGUUGGAGAGCAACACCGUCGUUGUGUCUGUCGGUUACAGACUGGCACCCGAGCAUAGGUACCCUGCCCACCUGGAUGAUUGCGAGGUCGUGACUCGCCACUUCCUGUCAAUAGCGACAGCUGAUUUCGGGGUGGACCCACGCAGGGUGGCAGUUGGUGGUGACAGCGCAGGGGCGAACCUGGCAGCCGCACUUUGCCAGAGACUGGCGAAAACACAAGAUGCUUGUCUGCCAUCUCCCUGUGCCCAGGUUCUCAUCUACCCAGCUUUACAGAUGGCAGAUUUCAACCUGCCGUCAUACCAGCUGAACCACUCUGUGCCCAUAUUGUUCAGAAGCCGAGUGGUGUAUUAUUUUUUGCAGUACCUAAACGGCGAUAUAUCCGUGGGCCAGGAUCUUCUGGAUGGAAAGCACGUUCCUGCCGAGCUACAACUACAUUAUAAGAAAUGGCUGGAUCCAGCUAAUCUUCCACUUCAGUUUAGAAAAGGAGUAAAGAGUCAACAGGUUAUCUCGGACCAUAAUGCUGAGGUCCACCAUAAAAUCAAACAUGGCCUUGAUCCAGAAAUGUCCCCUUUACUAGCCGAGGACGAUGUUCUUCGCCUCUCCCUGCCCACCUUUGUACUGACCUGUGAGUUUGAUGUGCUGAGGGAUGAUGGCAUUCUGUUCCAAAAGCGACUGAAGGAUCUAGGUGUUGAUGUCACAUGGCAGCAUAUAUCUGAUGGCUUCCAUGGGAUCAUGAGCUUCUUUAACAAGGGCUGGCUGACAUUUCAGUCCUCUCAAAAGGUUAUGGACAGCUUUGUAAGCUAUAUAAAGACAUUGUAAAGUCAAGGCUAUA